AUGUUGAUUGUUAACUGGCAGGCUUCUGCGUUUCUGCAGGGCCCUGACCCGGGAAGAGAGAGAGGGAGUGGUGGAACACACGGCCAUUUGUAUCCAAGACAUUUUUUGAGGUUCUUGUUUGAGAACUCCGGCCUAGUGGAUGUCAUCAAAGCCACCCCGCCAGCCGCGAUUGUGCCGCUUCAUGCAGCCUCUAUAGUGGUGUCCCUGCCAGGGCAUAUUGUUUUCGAGCUAGGGGAAGGUUACCUCUUUGGCUUUCAGAAGGGUCUUGAGCUCGCAUUUGCUGGAAAAGCACUUGGUGCACUUGCGGCAUUCGGUGUUGGCAGAUCUGUGGGCUGCUGUCAAGAUGUUCGCGAGUCAAUGCGAGAUAGAAUGCAGUCUUGGCCCACUGCACUUAAAGCAGCCAAAAGCGUCGAGAGGGGCGGCCAUGUGUCUGUCUUUCUCGUCAGGAUAGCGCCAAUUCCAUGCGUGGUCAAGAACUAUGCACUGUCGUUGCUGACAGACAUUCCCUGGAGCGUGUUUGUGCCAGGUACUUUGCUUGGGCUGCUUCCCACCACGGCAGCUCAUGUUUACGCUGGAACACUUGCGCCGACAUCAGCAGAGCUGGUGAGCGGGUCUGGUGCAGCAAUGAAGGCUGUUGCUGCUGCCAGUACCAUUGGCGCGGUUACUUUUGCUGGACUGCUCGCAGCGUACUGCCUGCACCAAGUGCCUGACGAAGAGACAGCGGAGGAAGCGGAGAAAGCGCAGCAAGCAGCCAGGCCCGAAGAGGAGCAGGUGGAGACUGUGAAGCUCUUCCGCCCAGACGGCUGA